AUGUCGCGCGCGAUGAGCGAGGCGCUCUCGGACAUCUCGUACAGCGACACGACCGAAGUCGCGCCGAUGCAGGACGUGAUGGCGUCCCCGGAGCACGUAAAAGCGGUCGCCGCGAAGCGCGAGCCGCCGAGGAACUCGUUCGGAAUCGAGGCGGAAAAACGAGAGAACACCCCCGAGCGCGGGUUCCUCGCGACCGCGGAGUCCGUGUACACCGACGACGACGAAGAGCGCGAAGCCGUCGCGGUCAGUCGAAGCCCGGCGAGAUCGGACGCGGGCGGCGGCCUUCCCCCGACGCCCGCGGCGGCGAGACCCCCCGCGCCGCCGCCGCGGCGACCGCCCGCGGCGGCCGAAGAAGCGAUCCCUCCACCGAGCGCGUCGAGCCCGACGCGACCGGCGACCGCGCCGAGCCCGACGCGACCGGCGACCGCGCCGAUGAGCCCGCCCCAAGCGGCCGCCGCGGCGGCAGCCGCCGUCGCCGCGGCAGCCGCGGAAGCCGCCGCGCGCGUCGCCCGCGAGAGCCAGGAGCUCGACACGACCGUGGAGUUCCUCCCGACGCCGAGGAAGCGCGAGCGAGAGAUGAACGUGGGCGAAGACGCGCGCGCGACGGCGACGUCCCCGAUCAGAUCCGCGACGAGCCCGGCGAGGCCUUCGACCGCGGCGGCGGCGGCGGCGGCGGCGGCGGCGGAGACGGAGACGGAGACGGACGCCGCAGCGCCGGCGGUGGACACGCACUUCCUUCGCAAAGACGGCGGGAACCAACCUGCGGUGAUGUCGUCCAUCGCGGGUCUGCGCGAGGAGGAGGAGAACUCCCGGGACAAGGCGUUCGAGGAAGCCCUCGAGCGCGUGCGGCAGUCGCGAAGAGAGAUCGCGGAUAAAGCCGCGAAAGGAUUCGAAGACAUGCGCGCGUACUACGAAGCCGAGCUCGAAGAAGUGAAACGCGCCGGCGGGUCCGGGUCCACCGCGAUGCCGCCGCCGCCGCCGACCGUGGAGGCGGUCGCCGCCGCGGCCGCGCGCGCGGAGAGCGCGGACCGUUCGGCCGAAGGAUCGCGACGGAAAGCGUUCGCGUGGGAUCUGGACGAGGGCGCGAUGAACGAGACGCUCGCGCGCGAACGCGAGGCGCGGGCGGCGGCGCGCGAGAACACCCCGCGGGACAGCGUCUGGCCCGGGGCUUGGAACGGGAGCUACAGCCCGCCGCGGGAGGUCCCCGCGGACCCGCCGUACCCGCUGCCGAAGCAGUGGACGUCCCCGCCGAAGGACCGCGCGAACUUGAGCGAGCCGCCCGAGGUGACAUACCCGCACGACGAGGCGAGGAAAGCCGCGGCGAUGGCGGCCGCGGUCGCGGCGAAGCAGCGCGCGGACGAGAACGGCGGCGUCGAUCCGUUGCUGGUUCCGGCGACGACGAACAUCCCGAUGGCGGCGGCGCCGUUUUCGUUUGACUCGACGUCGGGCGCGGGGAAAGCGAAGGAUGCGAAAUCCCCGAAGCCGACGCCGCCGCGCCCGAGCAAGACGCAGCUCGACUUCGAGGAACUGCAAGAUAAGCACGCGAGGGAGGUCGCGGCGUAUAAGGCUGCCGCGGAGAGAGCGGCAGCGGCGAGCGCGAGAGACGCGGCGGAGUACGACUCGACGAUCAAGAAGCUCAAGGAAGAAAUCGCCGCGCUCGAACGAAGAGAAGCCGCGGCGGAACGCGCCGCGGAGACCGCGGAACGCAAGGCGGAGACCACGCUCGCGUCCUCGAGAGACCUUGCGAACAGGCUGCAAGCGCGAGACGCGGAGGUUCGAGAGCUCGGGCAUCAGUCCGCGGUUCUGAAGGAGCAAGCCGCGAGCGAAAAGACGGCGUCGGAGGAGGCGACGCGGAAGCUUUCGAACGCCAACGCGGAGCUGAACAAGCGCGCGAACGAACUUCGGGACGAGCGCAUGAAGCGCGAGGCGUUUGAACGGUCUAUCGCGGAUUUGAACGCCAAGCUCGACGCGAUGAAACGCGAAAACAUCGCGACGCAGGCGAAGUUAUCCCGGGCGGAGGACGAGACGUCGCGAGCGCGCGAAAAGCUCGCGGCGGCGACGGAAAAGGAGAAGGAAUCCGCGCGCUACGCGCUCACGGUGAGCAAAGAGAGCGAGGUAGUGCGAUGCGAGAGCGCCAUCUUGCGCUCGAGCAACCAGAAGAGCGCGGACGCGACCGCGGACGCCGCGAACGCGCUGCAAGCCGCGAAGCAAGAGAUAAUCGAGCUGCGCCGGCGGUGCAAACAUUUAGAGAAGGACGCGACGACGCGCUCGAUGGCCUCCGCGCCCGCGGUCGUCGCGCCGUCGCAGUUCCAGACGCAGACGCAGACGCGCGCGGCGUACGCGAGCCAGACGAGCAGCGAGGGGAUGCGCGCGGUGAUGCGCUCCCCCGAGCGCGCGCCGUCCGGGCGCGCCCGACUUGGACCGGGGCGCGACCGAGACGAGAACGUCGACCCGGACGCCCCCGCGGCGGGACGCGCGACGACGAAGGACAUCUCGACGACGUCGAACCCGAUCUGGAACCUCGGCGGCGUCGACGCCGCGGACGCGAACGACCCCGGGCCCGACGACCUGCACGACCGAUCGUACGCUCACGUCGUCCCCGAGCAGCGGCGGUUCGUCUCGCCCCCGCGCGCGAGGGCGCCGGCGGACCACUUCGGCCCGGGGAUGGUGCCCGUGCUCGGCGCGGGCGCGCGCCAGCCCGGGGCGGAGUCGUACGGCUGGCAAAACGCCGGGAGGGUCACGUCCGGGAACAUCGGCGUCGGCAUGGUCGAACGCUCGGACGCGAGGAAAGAGGAGGUGCGCGCCGAGCGACGCGAGCGCGCGAUGGAGAACGCGGCGGCGGAGCAAAGGCAGCGAGACGCCGCGGAGGCGGACGCGGCGGCGCGGCGGCGUAAGACGAUCGCGGACCAAGCGCGCGCGGCGGCGGCGGAGCGCGACCGCGCCGCCGCGGAGGCGGCGGCGAAGCGCGCGGCGGCGGAGGAGGCUGCGGAGGAGGCGCGACGGGCGGCGUACGAAGCCGCGAGGGACAGACGACCGACGCCGCCGGCGGUGGCGGCGGCGGCGGCGGCAGCGAACGCGGCGACGACGCACGCGGUGCUCGAGACCGCCGCGGAUCGAUACAGCGCCGCGGAGGCGAAACGUCGCGGACGCGAAGGCAGCGGGUGGUUCGGCGGGCACCUCGACGGCCCGGAGCCGGUCGCGAAGACGGGGAAGCACUUCGUCCGCGCGGGCGCGGGCGCGGGCGUCGGCGCUUCGACCGACGCCGCGCCGUGGCGCCUCGCCGCGGAGGAGAAGCGACCGACGCACGCCGCGCCCGCGGCGGACGCGAACCCCGCGGCGCGGGAGAAGCCGAGGCCGUUCGCGACGACGGAGUCGUACGAAUCGUGGAGCUCGCACUUGGAGGCGCUCGAGUCCAGGCUCACGAGUUUGAGCCUGGAGAGAGACCGCCUCGAGGGAGAGCUCGACAUGAUGCCCGAGGGCGCGGGGAAGACGAUCGCGCAGCGGAGGAAGAAGACCGAGUGCGAACGGCGGCUGGAGGACGUAUCGCACGCGCAGACGGAGGCGCGGCAUCAGCUCAAGGCGGCGCACGAUAAGUAUCAGUUCGAGUAG